UAUAUAGUAUAUAAGCUUUUGAAUUCUUGUUAACACUAAACACAUCCAAAACCUUGAAUUUUCUGUGAAUUUUAUACCAAUGUAUACAUUGCAGUUACUAAACACUAAACAUAUCUAAACUGAAUUUCCCCUAACAUUACAUGUAUACAAAUGUACACAUUGUAUCAUAAACGCUUGCACAUAUAUACACAUAUAUUAUAAAAGUUUGUAAAAAUCCUAACGUUAAAAAAAACCGCGAAGUGCUCAGGCACUCGCAAUCUAACCCUCGCUCAGCAUAGACUGACUAUCGUUUCCUAACUCUACUACAGUCCACUAAAUUUUAAAUCUUUAACGUCAAUAAAACCAUUGAAUUGUUAUUUACAUUAUUAAAGCAAAUUAAUCUUUUAUUUGCACGGAACUAAACACAGCCCCACUAAGUUGCCAAGAGCGCAACAUAUGGUCCUUAGCGAGCCAUUCGAUUUGAAUUGGCAGCACUUACGGCGCCUAAUCUGGCUAAGUAUAGCGAGAGGGACACUCUUUUCGUAGAAGUAAAAUCGAGCGGUUGAUUGCGAGCGGUGCGCGAAGAAAAAAAAACUCAAACUAACGCAAAGUGAAAAAAAUUUAAACAAAAUCUGAAUCAAAAAACAAAACUAAGCAAAAAUAAAAAAAACACUUUACACACAAAAGUGUGCCUAAAUAUAUAAACUAACAAAGAAAAAGUUUCAAAUAAUUCGAAAAAAACACAAAAUAAUAGAACGUGAAAAAAAAGAUUUGUUUCUCGUGGGUUUUUAAGAAAACAGGAGAACCACGGCAGCAGCCCCCGGCAACUUGGAUUGCACACCACGCUAGAGCCCUAGAAACUUAGCGUUUCCAUCGGAAGCAGCACCAUCGUCAACCGGUGUACAUCGGCAGCAGAGCAGUAACAGCCAACGCACACAACAACAACAACAACGACAGCGACAGCACAAAAGGCAGCAAUCGGUACAGUAGAGCAGCAGUUCCUAAGCAAAAAGUUUGUACCCAAGUCAAAUGCCAAAGACAAGUGACGAGCCGAUGGAGCCGAACAAGUGCCGCUUAUGUUGCCGCCCUAACUCCCUGUGCUAUUGUAAGGCGUUCCGGGCUAUGACUCCAGAGGACAGGCAUGAAUCGGCGCGGGCACACAAGUACUGUGUGAAUUGUCUGGCCACCUCACAUGCCACAGGAGCUUGCGAUUCACCGGCCAGCUGCCACCGAUGUGGCAGAGCGCACCACACGCUACUACACCGAUCAACCUCGAGCUCGCCUGGGAAGAGGCACAAGAGGUCGACUCAAAACGGUCGAAUCGCCAAUCGCCGCACCAUCCGCAAACCGCCACGAAGCCUCCAGAGCCACUCUGCCGCCAGACGUCGUCAUAUCCGGGAGUUGCUAAACAAAGCCCAAGCUAUUAUCGAGCAGCUGAAGGAGUUGUUGCCGACAUCCGCACAGGGGCGCCAUGUUGAGGACAUGGACGAAUGAGGCGUUUUUAUAUUCAUUUUUUUACUCCACAUAUGUAUAAGCUUUUGAAUUCUUGUUAACACUAAACAUAUCCAAAACCUUGCAUUUUCUGUGAAUUUUAUACCAAUGUAUACAUUGCAGUUACUAAACACUAAACAUAUCUAAACUGAAUUUCCCCUAACAUUACAUGUAUACAAAUGUACAUAUUGUAUCAUAAAUGCUUGCACAUACAUACACAUAUAUUAUAAAAGUUUGUAAAAAUCCUAACGUUAAAAAAAACCGCGAAGUGCUCGGGCACUCGCAAUCUAACCCUCGCUCAGCAUAGACUGACUAUCGUUUCCUAACUCUACUACAGUCCACUAAAUUUUAAAUCUUUAACGUCAGUAAAACCAUUGAAUUGUUAUUUACAUUAUUAA